AUGACGGAAUCCGGAAACCUCGCCGUAGUAGUAGUGGCAGUAGACGGCAGCGAAGAGAGCAUGAACGGCCUACGCUGGGCGUUAGAAAAUCUCAAACUCCGGUCACCUACACCCGAUUCCAGCAACGCCGGUUCUUUCAUCAUCUUCCAUGUUCAAUCUCCGCCGUCAAUCGCCACCGGUCUUAAUCCCGGUUCCAUCCCUUUCGGUGGCCCCAGUGAUCUCGAAGUUCCCGCGUUCGCCGCUGCGAUUGAAGCUCACCAGAAGCGUAUUACCGAUUCCAUACUGAAUCAUGCUUUGGGAAUUUGCUCCAAAUUCAAUCAUACUAAGGUCAGGACCCAUGUUGUUGUUGGUGAACCAAAGGAGAAGAUUUGCGAAACUGUACAGGAUUUGCGUGCUGAUGUGCUUGUGAUGGGGUCUCGAGCUUUUGGCCCUAUUAAGAGGAUGUUCCUGGGAAGUGUUAGCAACUUCUGUGCCCACCAUGCUCAUUGUCCAGUCAUUAUCAUCAAGGGAAAGGACAGCUUCAAUAAGGGAAACUAA